AUGGGCGGACCGUAUCGAACGCCAUCACCAGGCAAGGGGGCGUACAUCAGUACAAACACCACCGCCGAGCCAGAACGGCUUCUUCCUGGAUACCACCAUGGUACCAAGACUCGAGAUUGUUUCGUCGGAGAAGAUCAAUUGGAUGAGCCCAAGACUCCUACCAAGAGUCGUACGGUGUCCUGGCAUGGAUUGCUCUCACCGCAGACUCCUGGUUUCGUGAGUGAUGGCUCGAAGGAAAAUGUGCAUUUGGACGUCGAUAUGAGCGAUGUCGGUACACCCGGAGCUCCGAAUGGCUUUGCAGUUGGAGGAAAUCCCGAUCGAGACAUCAAUUGUGGAGAGAACAAGAACGAUGGCGAUGUCAAGAUGAUAGAGCGGGAUGCGACACUUGCGCGCGAGAUCGAGAGAGCUUCGAGUCCUAAGCCGAUGCGUCGUAGUGCUAGACUGCGCAGACCGCCGCCGUCCUUGUAUGACUUGAAACCGUCUACACUGACUACACCUACUCCACGUGCUACCCGCAAGCGCCCCGUGGACCAAGAACCCUCCGCUCAACCCGAAUUCAGCGUUGUAGCUUGCAAGUCCAAUCCCAUACCUUUCGAGGGUCUUCCGACUGUGCACUCAUUGUCCUGGCAACUGCAGUACCCGCCUGGCGGGAGCACGCAUCCGUCCUAUCCAUACCCAGUUCUAGAUCCGCGGCUGAUAUUCCACCCACCAUUCGUACCCGUUGUCGAUGGGCUACCGGAUAUUACUCGUGUACCAAAGCUUGUUCUGCCAAUGAACUGGAAGCAUGUCUCCUGGUGUGGGCUUCUCCCUAUUGUCUUCGAUCCUUACCGUCAGGCGUUCAAGCUGACUCCUGUCGGACCACUGCCACUCACUUGUGAAGAGCUACGUCAGAUUGGCCUACACAAGUACGUACCAGGCGGAGAGCUUCACCCAGAGCAUGGCUUGCUACCCGACAUGCUCAAGUUGAGCGACGGAUCAGACGCAGAAGUGUUUGACUUUGAUGGUAUCGACUGGACGUUGCCGUGGGAGGGCCAGUUGAACUUCCAUGCACCGGCUGCCUCAGGACCCGAAUCGAGCAAUAUGACUGGUAGCCUAGCCGGCUCUGGUACUUUCAACGUCUUCAGCCUAGAGAUGUCGCACCCGUGGCGUGAGGCGCGAGACUGCCCCGACAUGGUCAUCGACCUCGCAGACGGCUGGCGCUGGCUUGCCUCGAAAGAAACCGAUCCAACCGCCAACUUCAUCCCCACACCAGGAAAGACCCGACGCGGUACUGGAUCUCUCCGCUCAAACCGCAAACUCAAGUCUCCAAUCCCCGAGAUCAUGAUGCUAGCUCUCGAAGCAGAGCCCUCUGCCUCACCGUUGUCAACUGAGCUCAACCCCAUCCUCCAGAACCAAGACCACUACCCCACCAGCCCAACAGUCAAUCUAUUCUGUCCUUUCAAGAGCGUUGCCACACCCGUGAAUGUCGAUGUCACACUACUGGGCGACACAGAAUUCACCAUCAUGGAGCUGCUAUCCUAUUUCCCACAACACUACUACUGGGGUCACGCAGCGGACCGCCUAGCACGUGCAGGCAUCCCCGCGAGUUUUGUUUGCAAAGUACUCAUCAUGACGCGUGCGCUGGACGGCGAUACCGUACCCAAGUCUGGCACUAUUAAUAGUGCGGCUAGGAAUGCGCGGGAGAGGGAUGUCCUCAAGCGCGGAGCCACGGACGAGAUGAACACCGAUAACGGCGAUGGAGAUACCCUUGUUCCCGGGCCGGCCUCAUCGACUAAACCUGAUGGUGCAGAAAUCGUUGCUAGCUAUACGGCUGAGGGCUGGGCCUACGAUAUCUGGGGCAAGAUCGACUAUCCACUUGUUGCGCUUGCGCACGGGUUGCAGUCGCUUCCUUCGGGUGUAGAUGCUGGGCCAUUGACUAAGGCGAUUCUUUGGUGCAGGGAGAAUGAGGGUUAUCGCGUUCUCCUGAGCGAGGUUCCUGGUUUGCUGAAGGAAAUGGGUAUUGAGUCGUUGAUUGAACCUGGUGAGGCUGGAUGUCCUGACAAAGAUGUCACGGGCAGGUAUGCAGAGGCGUUGAAGAAGGAGCGGUUGAGGUUGUCGAGGAUGGCGAAGGCAGAGAAGAUGAGUAUGGAAGGGGGUGCGGAGGGAAGGAGCAAGAGGAGGAGGCUGGUGUAG